AUGUCGGACUACGUACGCGAUACUGGCAAUGCCGGCCUGGGAGGAACCGAGCAGUCAUUCUCAUACCCCUUCGCAGCAGCACCAGACAUCAUCCGCGCGCAUCAAAAGGACGCCUACUUCCAAUCCGUCCUCCUAUCCCGUCUGGAAGGAGUGGUGAGGUCAUUGUAUGGCGCUCGAACCGCACAUAGCUGGAACGCCGAAGCCAGGACGUUCACGGAGCUACUCUACCUGGGCCUCACCACGUUCGUGGGCAACCGAACGUUGGGCGAGGAGUAUACCGACAUCGUUCAAGUCGAAGACAACACGCACCGCCUCCCCUCGCUCAUCCGGCGAUCAGGCUACAUCCUCUCGAGCGUGCUGCUUCCAUACCUCCUCUCCCGAUUCCUGCCCGCCUUCCGCCGUCGUUUACGAGCUAAACUGGAAUCAACCCUUCAACGCGAACACCGCCGGCGCGCGUCAUCCCCCACUCGCAGCAAACAGCCCCGCUCCAAGGCCUUCCACCUCCAGGAAUACAUCCUCAAACACCUGGACGCUAUCACAUCGCCCUCCCCCAUCUACGCCUUAAGCCUCGCCAUCUUCUACUUCAGCGGCGCCUACUACGCCCUCAGCAAACGCGCCGCGGGUCUGCGCUACAUCUUCACCCGCAAACUUACCGACUCCGAUCAGCGCGUUGGGUACGAAGUCCUGGGCGUUCUACUAGUCCUGCAGAUGCUCGUGCAAGGCUACCUUCACGUGCAAGAUACCUUCCGCAACGUCCGGACUACCAACCUACCCUCUAACGCCUCCGGUGCAGCGGGCGGGAGCGCAGUGAUAGAUGGUGGAGUGGAAAUAAGCACGGACGAGACCAUCUCCGCUCCACUGCUCUUCGAAACGCAUCAUGGUUCCGACCCAGCGAAUCAGCAGGAGCACAUGGCGCGCAUCACGCAUACACCGAUGCCGCAGCCGCAUCGAUAUGACUUGAAUGAUGGAGAGGUCAUGCAGUGGAUCGACGGCAAGCAGCAGCGGAAAUGCACGUUGUGUCUGGAGCCGAUGAAGGACCCGUCCGUGACGACGUGCGGACAUGUGUUCUGCUGGACCUGCGUGACGGAUUGGUUGAGGGAGCAGCCGAUGUGUCCGUUGUGCAGGCAGAAUGCGCUGGUGCAGCAUGUGUUGCCUCUACGAGGGUGA